GUGAUCGGAACCCAUAACGGCACAUUUCAUUGCGACGAGGCCCUUGCCGUCUUCCUGCUUAGGCAGACUUCAACCUAUCGAGAUGCCGGUCUGAAACGUAGCCGUGAUCCAGCCGUUCUCAACACUUGCGACAUCGUGGUGGACGUUGGAGCAGUCUACGACGAGCCAACGCAGCGUUUCGAUCAUCACCAGCGCGGAUUCACUGAGGUUUUUGGGCACGGAUUUCAAACGAAGCUCUCGUCAGCUGGACUUGUAUACAAGCAUUUUGGUCUCGAUGUGAUUGUUAACAAGACUGGGCUUCCCGUGGAGGACCCCAAGGUUACGACUCUCUGGCUUAAAUUGUACAAGGAAUUUAUUGAAGCCAUUGACGCAAUUGACAACGGAAUUUCUCAGUACCCCACUGAUAUCAAGCCGCUCUAUCGUAGCCGCACCGACCUCUCUAGCCGCGUUGGGGCGCUCAAUCCCGCAUGGAAUCAACCUGCCGAUUCUGAAACCGUUGAUGCACGUCACACCCUCUCAUCUCUGUUAGCUGGAGAAGAGUUUCUUGGCCGUCUAAACUAUUAUAGCAAUGCAUGGCUUCCUGCCCGAGACCUUCUUCUAGCAUCUGUUUUAUCAAGCAAAAGCCUCAUCGAUCCGAGUGGUAAAAUUAUUCUUUUCGAGAAGUUUUUGCCUUGGAAGGAGCAUCUAUUUGAACUAGAGACCGAUGGCUCGAAUCCUGCUAUCGAGCCCAACCAAGCCAUCUAUGUUGUUUAUCCCGAUGAAUUUGGUGGUAAUUGGCGUGUCCAGGCAGUUCCCGUGUCCCCCGAGAGCUUUGACAGCCGCAAUGCGUUACCAGAAGUCUGGAGGGGUUUGAGGGACGAGGAACUCUCCAAAGUGUCUGGCAUCGACGGUGGAAUUUUUAUCCACGCAUCCGGAUUCAUUGGUGGCAACAAAACAAGGGAGGGUGCGUUGAAAAUUGCUCAAAUGGCACUUGAGAUGUAA